GGAAACCUCUGAAAAUCAACAAGCGUCAACCGGACACUAAUUUGUUUUUGGAACAGUUAUUGGAGUGGAGUUGGCUUUCCAUGAUACUUCUUAAUCACCAUGUACAUUAAAUUAGGCAUUUACAGCUGUACCCUCUCCAGUGCAUAGUAACUGGUAUUACUGGAUGUCAAUAUGGUCAGAUUGUGGACUGUGGCAAAACUUUGUGUUUUGUGCUUACAUUUCCUUAGCGGAUUGGCUUACACUGAUAAGGGUAUAAAGGGAGCACCACAGAAUGAUUUAGAGCUGAAAAUCAGAUCAGCUGCCAAUCUUGAGGAGCUUCUUCAUAUCACUCACCCUACAGAAUUAAAGCUGUGGCGAUGCAGGUCGAAACUCAGAUCCUACAUAAACACAGACUCCAGGUCAACACCUCAGCGUUUCACCAGAUUUGCAGCUGCUUUCUAUGACAUUGAAAUUCUAAAAGUAAUUGAUGAGGAGUGGCAGAAGACUCAGUGCAUGCCCAGGGAAACCUGCGUGGAUGUUGGAAAAGACCUUGGCACAUCCACCAGUACUUUCUACAAACCCCCCUGUGUCUCAGUGUAUAGAUGUGGAGGAUGCUGCAAUGAAGAGGGAGCCACCUGUGUUAAUACCAGCACGUCUUACGUAUUAAAAACGCUUUUCCAAAUUUCAGUUCCAUUGACACAAGCUCCAGAACCUACAAUUCUCAGAAUUGCCAAUCACACAAGCUGCAAAUGCAUUUCAGGUUCUUCCCGCCACCCAUACGCCAUUAUAAGAAGAUCUCUUCCCUAUCCAGAGUACGGCUGCUCUCAAGAGAAUAGGCUUUGUUCUAGCGGAUGGCAGUGGGAUAGUACCCAAUGUGAAUGUGUGCUAGAAAAGGAGUCAGUAGCCUACAGAAGAAGGGAAGAGUUGGCUAUAUGCGGAGAGCAUAUGGAGUUUGAAGAUAGCUGUGAAUGUGUUUGUCGUCGUUCGUGUCCUGACAACUACAUUCUCAACGCUGAAAAUUGCAGCUGUGAGUGCAAAGAGAAUGUGGAUAGCUGUUCCCAGAAAAAGAAAAUAUUCCAUCCUAAAACCUGCAGUUGUGAAGACGAGUGUCCUUUCCCAAUCAAAGUCUGCCCAUUUGGGAAGCAAGUGUGUGCCAAACAUUUCCGCUGUCCAAAAGAGAAAAGGGGAUCACAUUCAUCUACAAUACGGGAAAACCCCUGAACAGUCCCUCUGGAAAACCCCCAACGGUCCCUUUCCAAAAUGACGCAGUUCUCCAAUGAUGUACUCAAACAUUUAAAUAUACAAUUAAAAGGACACCAGAAGUUUUGCUGAAUUCAUAUAUUAACCUUCUCAGUGUCAGUGGUUAUGAACACAUUGAUUGUGUGCUUACAUGGUGCACUGCACUUUGGGCAUCAAAAUUCAAUGGCAUUAAAUGGGCUGUGGUCAUGGACAAUGUUUGGGGAAAAGAAGAUUCCCAGUUUUCAAUAUGAACUAAUGUGGAAUAUUCUAUCACACUUUUUGGUUCGCAUGGGUGUGAGGCAGUAGCAUAUGUACUGGACUUUAAAUAAAGACAUAUGAAGACUUAUGGAUACACACAUUAUGAACUGAAUUAUUCUACACAUUUUAAAUAAUUCAUCUAUGUUAAACCAAGAACACAAAAAAGAACAUUGAGUACAAAUAAAAGCAGAUGCUCAAAACUUUACCAGCUUGUUCCAUCGAAAAGAACCAUUAAUACUACCUGUCAAGACCCGAUAUGCAACAACUGUGGCCUGUGUGCAACCCUGAAGACCUGGGCUCAAAAUCAGUGCUCUACAAAAUCAUGAAAUUAAAGUCAUUUAUACAAAUACACAGCGACGUAGUGCUCUGCUGUCAGAUAUCAGGGUUGCUACCAUGGCACUUGCUUAAAGCAACCAUAAAGCAUUGGAGAUAUAAAGGCUCACGAAAGUAAGCCAUGACAUUGUCUUGUGGUGCCAAGGUUGAUGUGGUGUAAACACUGUAAGGUGGAAGUGAAUUUUUUCCUGUUGGCGAUUGGAAUAAAUAUUUCAUUAGUAUUACAAAGGUAGAUGAGUUUCUCAUAAUGCAGUUGAAUGAAGCAGCAAGUUGCGAAACUGGAUGGAGGCUAUAGCUAUUGGCUACUGUGUUAAAUGAAAUGGGUAGUGC